AUGUGUGUGCAUCUGCAAUGGAUGGUCGUUUGGUACUACUGCAAUUUCCUGAUCAGAAGGAAUAAACACACAUGCCCUGAACCAAUACCCAAUACCCUGAAGUUCUGCAACUCUGUCCACUACAACAGGCUGAUUUACUGUAAAACUGUGGGAGUGGAGCCAAUGUCAAAGGUUUUGUAG